AUGAUGAAGCUCGAUCCGGCAGUCGUGAAGCUCCUCGGGCUCGACACGGCGACGACGACGACGGUUACUUCUGCAGGUGGGGGAGGCUGCAGCUCAGCAUCGACGUCGAAGAUUGUGUCGAAGCGCCAAGAUGGAACAGAGAAGGCCUUUUUCAUGAAGACAGGCAGCGGAAAGGAUGCAAAGGUGAUGUUCGCAGGAGAAAACGCGUCAUUACGCGCUAUCCACAACGCCGUACCAUCGCUUUGUCCUCAAUCAUUCGGCCACGGCGAGUUCGAGUCGCAGCCUGGAACGAGCUUUCUCGUGACCGACUUCCUUCACCUCAGCCCACGAUGGAGCUCGAAAUCGUCCAAAUCACAGUCGCUAGCACAGAAGCUUGCAAAAUUGCACACCACGCCUGCGCCCGCACCGGAAGGCUAUGACAAGCCAAUGUUUGGCUUUCCUGUGACCACUUGCUGUGGAGACACCCCACAGGACAACAGCUACAAAGCGAGCUGGGCCGACUUCUACGCGGACAAUAGAUUGCGAUUCAUCCUCAAAAGAGCAGAGAAAGCAAAUGGCAGCGACAAGGAGUUUCAUUCUCUGGUCGAGACCAUUGCUUCGAAGGUGGUUCCACGCUUACUCGGCGACGAUCAUUUGAACAACGGCAAAGGCGUCACUCCCGUUGUCGUCCAUGGUGAUCUGUGGAGUGGCAAUGCCAGUAUCGGUGUUAUUGGCAGCCAAAAGGGUGAGCCCGAAGACGUCGUCUACGAUUCUUCUGCAUGCUACGCGCACAGCGAGUUUGAGCUCGGCAUUAUGAAGAUGUUUGGAGGUUUUGGUGGAGGCUUUUCGAAGGAGUAUCACGAGCUAUGUCAGAAGACAGAGCCAGUGGACGAGUAUGAAGACCGUGUGAAGCUGUAUGAGCUCUACCACCACUUGAACCACUUUGCGCUCUUCGGUGGCAGCUACAAGAGCGGAGCGACGAGCAUCAUGCAAGCAUUGUUAAGGAAGUAUGGCGAUGGCGUUUGA